UUUAUUUGGCUAUGUCAAGAUGUUGUUUGACGCCAUUAGUGCGUAACGUUGGUGGUGCUUUCUGUCCAUCCUUUGAGAACUAAAUUUGCUCUUAUAACGUGUUCCACCAACCUGUAAUCACGGAAUACAGAUUGGUAUUACGGGAAGACAUGUCUUUCCCACCCCACCGACCCCCUCUGGGAAUGCCGGGGAUGCCUCCUAUGAUCCCACCACCUUACUCUAUGCAGCACGUUGUUGCUGGAGGGAUGAUACCGAUGGCCAUGGGCGUGAUGCCUCCGAUGAUGACCCAUGUGACUGUGGCCGUACCCCCAUCCCUUCCCCUCAUUGCUGCUCCUCCCCAACAGCAGCAGGCCAUGCAGAGAGUCGGAGCCAAGCGUCUAAAUCCCAUGGAGAUACGAAGCAAUGCUGUCAUUGAGAAGAAGCCCCUGGUGCACAGGAGUACACCACCGGUGGACGACGCAUCGAAGGGCCCUCCGGUUACAGUAUUCAUUGGCAACAUCACAGACAGAGCUUCGGACGGGCUCAUCAGGCUCGUACUUCAGAAAUGUGGCAGUGUAGUGAACUGGAAGAGAGUUCAAGGUGCAAAUGGCUGGCUGCAAGCAUUUGGGUUCUGCGAGUACGCGGACCCGGAAUCUGCAAUGCGCGCCAUUCGCAUCCUGCACGACUGGGAGAUUGGAGAGAAGAAAUUGGUGGUGAAAGUUGAUGCAAAGACAAAAGAGAAACUGGACGAGUACAAGGCAAACAAGCGUGGUCCUACAGAAGGGGGUGAAACUCAGAAAAAGGCCCCUGACGACAUAGAUGAGGCCACGUGGCGUCAGGACAGGGACACGCGGGAGGCCAUCCUGCACUUGCUGCGUUCUCAUUCCGCCGAGCUCAGCAGGGGUCCGGAUGCACCCACACCGCAGUCCCCUCCCAGGCGGCCGAACACAAAGCGAGACUCACCAGAACGGGAAAGAGAGUUUCGUGCUGCCUCCAAGCUGGAGCUGGACGACAUGGACAUUGAGGAAGACAAGCGCAGCUUGAUCACCAGAGAAAUUGACAAAUUCAGGGACACAUACAAGAGGCAGGAGGAGGAACGAGACAGGGAUCGGGAGCGCCGACGGGAGCGCAAAGAGAGGCGGGAACGCACACCGGAACGUCCGCGAGAACGGGAGAAGGAGCGCCGUCCCAGCAGCCCCCGGGAGAGGCCGUCGGAACGAAGUGAGAGGAAUGAUGAGAACAGACGAGAUCGCAGCGAUAGAGGCGAUCGAGGUGAAAGAAACGACCGAGGAGGAGAACGAGGUGCCGCGGAGGACCGUGCUCGCACGGAGCGCACCCCUUCCAAGGCACGGUCCGAGUCUCCAGAGCGGGACUGGGUGCGGGAGCGAGAGAGAGAAAGAGAGCGAGAGAUGCGUGAAGCCAUUAGGCCUCGUGGAGACCCCGAUCGGGACUGGGAGCGGGAACGGGAGGAGGAAGAAGACGCAUACGAGCGCAAGAAGCUGGAAAGGAAGCUGCGUGAAAAGGAAGCGGCAUACCAAGAGAGGUUACGCAAUUGGGAGACGAGGGAGAGGCGCAAAGAGAAAGAGUACGAAAAAGAACGGCUCAAAGAAAAUGAGAAGCGCAUGGAAGAGGCUAAAGAAGCACGACGGCUAAAAGAGUUCCUGGAAGACUAUGACGACGAACGGGACGACGUCAAGUAUUACAAGGGGAAUGCGCUCCAGCGCCGCCUCAAAGAACGCGAGAAGGAGGUAGAGCUGGACAGCCGAGACAGACAGCGUGAACGAGAGGAACUGGAAGAGUUGCGCCGAAAGCUAGCGGAAGAAGGGCACCCAGAUCCGGAGGCCGAAGCUAAGCGGAUACACCACGAAGAGGAAGCGCGGUUGCUGAAACCGCCGCCUGUCACAAGACCAGAGCCGAGACCAGAACCCAGGCCUGAGCCUCGGAGAGAAGCAAGCGAGCCACCCGAGCCUGAAUCCCGAAUGGAUUCCUACCCAGUUGAGAGUCCGCCAAAGCGAUCGUAUCACAGCAGUAGACUUCCCAAAAUGGUGCCGGUUGACACACCGGCGGAAAGGAUCAAAGAGGAGCCCGUGUCGCACGUCGAGCACCACAACUCCACUGCAAAGGGAGCACGUUCAGCAGAAGAGGAGGAGAGUGCGCAGAAUAGCCUUUCGGGCUUUUCUGAUGUCACGGCGGUCACGCCUCAGGAGGAGAGCAAGCCCCUGGGCUUCGCUGGACUCAAGCUGGGAGGCAGUCCCGUGGGAGCGGGCAGCAGAAGCCCCCAUGGCAGGCACGGAACAGGCUCCCAAAGGCGAAGUGGGGCAUCACGUCUCCCUGUGGCGCAGGCAUUUGAAGAGGAGGAGUCUGCAACAGAGGGACAGCGAAAGAAGCGCAAGCUGGUUCCUCUCGAUGAUGACGGGUCUGCGCCUGCAGGAGGGGGCGCCACUGCAGGGGGCAUGAGUGCGGAUGAGAAGCGCAAACACAUCAAGACAAUCAUUGACAGCAUCCCUACCACCAAGGAGGACCUGUUUGCAUACAACUUUGACCGCAGCCUUGUGGAUAACCCCUUGAUGGAACGUCGGAUCCGCCCAUGGAUCAAUCGAAAGAUAAUUGAGUACAUUGGCGAAGAAGAGCCCACCCUUGUUGAUUUUAUCUGCUCAAAAGUGUUAGCAGGCAGCGCAGCACAGAGCAUCCUGAAUGACGUGUCCAUGGUACUGGACGAGGAGGCAGAGGUGUUCGUCGUGAAAAUGUGGCGGCUGCUCAUUUAUGAAGUAGAAGCCAAGAAGGAUGGCCUUGUGAAAUGAAAGCAAUGACUUUAUGUAAUUGUUGUAUUUUUAUUGGCAUGUAAAUAGGAACCUGUACUUUGAUUUCUUC